AUGCCUCGGUCUCGCAAAUCCGAACAAACCCAUAUAUUCUGGGACAGUUUUCCAGCCGACCGCCGUUCCUUAUUCCGAGUUCCCCCAGAGCUCGACUUGACGCCUGGCAUAGAAAGCAACAAGCAAAAAGAUAGUAUCGAAGAUGGGAAGCACGCCGACGUUACGGUCACGAACGUCCCCUCUGAAUGCACCUCUCGAAGACGGACGAACAUAACCAGUCUCCCACCCGAGAUCAUUCUCGAAAUUGUUAGCCGCCUCCAUCCCGUCGACCGCGUCUGUCUCGGCCUGACAUGCAAAUCCUUACUUUCCUCCACCCUUCCUACCCUACAAAUCACACUUUCAGACUGGCUCAGCUUCCACGAUCGGCGGUACAGCUUUAUCCUACCUCUGAAUCCUAACCUCCUCGUCCGACUCGCACACGGCUGGAUCCCCAAGGACAAGUUCCGCUACUGUUACCACUGCUCCAAGAUCCUUCCGCGGUCCCCCGAAUACUUUUUGGAAAGACUGCGCAGGAAGAAAAGCCCAAGGUUCCGCCUCGGACUGGGCACAACCGAGAAACACUGGAAGUCACUAAGCAAGAAGGGGAAAUACGCAUAUCUGGUCGAGAACUGGUGCCAUUCACCCGAGGAGGAUAGCAGCGGCUUCUUCUGUGGCCACUGCUACUACCGGGAAAGAGACCGCAUCAACUGGCCUGUAUAUUGUCCCAUAUGUCUGGAGAUGGAGCUGACAUGGACACCUCCGAGGAAGCCUUGGUUCAGGAAAGCCUUGUGCCGGAGUUUGAGGGCUCUCGGCACCCCGUUUGAACUGGCUGCCUACUGGGUCCUCGUGUGUUGUCUUUACACGAUAAGGUUUUGCUACGAUCAGGCAAUGCGGUGCUGGAGAGCGCUGACAUGA